AUGUGCCGGGCGAUUGUAUUUUUUGCUCUGAUACCUGCCGUAUCUGGAACAAUUCAUUUUCCCGAAGAGCACCAUCUGCGCAACGUACGCCAAUGGACAUUUGGUGGCCAAAAUGCGGAAGCAUAUUUUAGUUUUGAUGGUAAUUGGCUGACGUUGCAAGCCGCUGGCCUUCGGGAAUAUGGUACCUCCUGUGAUCAGAUUUACAAACUUGAUUUGACGGUUCCGCCAGAAAAACAGAUUCCACAGCGCAUCAGCACAGGUAUUGGAACAUGCACAUGUUCAUAUUUCUUCCCGGACAAUCGCCACAUGAUAUAUGCUGGCACAUUUCAGCAAGCGAAUUUUAGCUCGCCGGUCACUCUGCAGAGCUGUCCGGUAAAAAUGUGCCAUUCCGAGCGCGCCAAAACAGAUCCACAUUUGAGGGAGCUAUGUGAGUUACAAAUAAACUAUCUUUAUCAUGCCACUGUUAUUUCUGAGUUAGCAGUUGCUUUAGGACUGAUUCAGUUUCAUCCCGCUUACAAUCGCCCUCUGACCAUUUGCCCACUUCCCCUUAUUCACAUUUCAUUGCGGAGGCAAAGGGUACCUGCUCGAAUCAGCACACUCCCAGCGGCAGCCACAAGUAGGAAAGACUGCCAAUGGUUUGUUUUCCCUAGGACUGAAAAGAAACACCGUAACGGCAUUUCAGGUCCCCGCACCUAA